GAGUCGCACCAAGCAGUGUGCAGAGCGCCGGGACCUGCUGCAUUAAAUCUGCCCUCAUUGUACCAUUGUAUCCAUAGCAGCGAGCCAGCUAGGGGAGCAACAACACCUUAAGGCGGGGGCAGGAGGGAGGUUACCCGCGCAGGACGUGAAACAAGAGUUACAAAAAGAAAAAAGUAAUUUUAUUGUUGCCGUCGGGAAAAGGGCAGAAAGUUUGGCCACAAUCUAGGGCAUCUGCAAGCAAAGUCACUAUCUCAUCUGACUUCAGGUUACUGUAUCUUCUCUUAGGCUAAUCUAACCAGCCCUUUCGGGCGGUACAUGGGACUUUUAGGAAGAAUGGAGGCGCACACCAAACUUCUCCGCAUUAUAACCUUACUGCUGGUGCUUUCUUGCGUGGGCAGUGAGUCCUCGGUUACCGACUCAUUCACUGAGUCUUCAGAUUCACCAGAGUUGAGCAGUCCAGCAGCUUCAUCAUCUUCAUCAAGUACUACAAGUCCUGCUGUGUCAGUUUCAGCAUCCACAGGUACCACAGUAAGUUCCUCAUCAGGGUCUUCAGAUUCACCAGAGUUGAGCAGUCCAGCAGCUUCAUCAUCUUCAUCAAGUACUACAAGUCCUGCUGUGUCAGUUUCAGCAUCCACAGGUACCACAGCAAGUUCCUCAUCGGGGUCUUCAGCUUCACCAGAGUCGAGCAGUCCAGCAGCUUCAUCAUCUUCAUCAAGUACUACAAGUCCUGCUGUGUCAGUUUCAGCAUCCACAGGUACCACAGCAAGUUCCUCAUCAGGGUCUUCAGCUUCACCAGAGUUGAGCAGUCCAGCAGCUUCAUCAUCUUCAUCAAGUACUACAAGUCCUGCUGUGUCAGUUUCAACAUCCACAGGUACCACAGCAAGUUCCUCAUCAAGGUCUUCAGCUUCACCAGAGUCUAGCAGUCCAGCAGCUUCAUCAUCUUUAUCAAGUACUACAAGUCCUGCUGUGUCAGUUUCAGCAUCCACAGGUACCAUGGCAAGUUCCUCAUUAGGGUCUUCAGCUUCACCGGAGUCGAGCAGUCCAGCAGCUUCAUCAUCUUCAUCAAGUACUCCAAGUCCUGUUGUGUCAGUUUCAGCAUCCACAGGUACCACAGCAAGUUCCUCAUUAGAGUCUUCAGCUUCACCAGAGUCUAGGAGUCCAGAAGCUUCACCAUCUUCAUCAAGUACUACAAGUCCUGCUGUGUCAGUUUCAGCAUCCACAGGUACCAUGGCAAGUUCCUCAUCAGGGUCAUCAGCUGCACCAGAGUCGAGCAGUCCAGCAGCUUCACCAUCUUCAUCAAGUACUACAAGUCCUGCUGUGUCUGUUUCUGCAUCCACAGGUACCACAGCAAGUUCAUCAUCAGGGUCUUUAGCUUCACCAUCUUCACAAGCAGCUUCACCAUCUUCAAGUACAAGUUCUACUGUGUCAGUUUCAGCAUCCACAGGUACCAUGGCAAUUUCCUCAUCAGGGUCUUCAGCUUCACCAGCAGCUUCACCAUCUUCAUCAAGUACUACAAGUGCUGAUGUGUCAAUUUCAGCAUUCACAGGUACCACAGCAAGUUACUCAUCAGGGUCUUCAGCUUCACCAGAGUCGAGCAGUCCAGCAGCUUCACAGUCUUCAUCAAGUACUAAAAGUUCUGAUGUGUCAGUUUCGGCAUCCACAGGUACCACAGCAAGUUCCUCAACAGCGUCUUCAGCUUCACCAGAGUCGAGCAGUCCAGCAGCUUCACAGUCUUCAUCAAGUACUAAAAGUUCUGAUGUGUCAGUUUCGGCAUCCACAGGUACCACAGCAAGUUCCUCAACAGCGUCUUCAGCUUCACCAGAGUCGAGCAGUCCAGCAGCUUCACCAUCUUCAUUAAGUACUACAAGUCCUGCAGUGUCAGUUUCAGCAUCCAUGGGUACCACAGCAAGUUCCCCAUCAGGGUCUUCAGCUUCACCAUCUUCAUCAAGUACUACAAGUCCUGCUGUGUCACUUUCAGCAUCCACAGGUACCACAGGAAAUUCCUCAUUAGGGUCUUCUGCUUCACCAGAGUCGAGCACUCCAGCAGCUUCACCGUCUUCAUCAAGUACUACAAGUCCUCAUGUGUCAGUUGUAGCAUCCACAGGUACCACAGUAUCAUCAUCAUCAUUGUCGCAGUCAUCAUUAUCUGCUUCUGUGACGUCUGCAGUGUCUGGAAGUACUACACCCAGUUCAUCUGUAUCUACAUCAAGAACAAACAAACCCUCGAGUACAUCACCUAGCAGUUCAGCUGUGUCUGUAGCUACAUCACCUUCACAAAGUUCAGCGACAGCAAAUGUUGGAAGUCUGACUACAUCAGCAUUGGUUUCUGCAGUAGAUGGUUCAUCUAAAUCCCCACAGACCUCUUUGCAAACGACGUCCCCAAAUCUUUGCAGUAACUGCCCUGCAGGAAGCACAUGUGUUUACAACUGUAAAUGCCCAGAUGGAUAUUUCUACAUGAGGGAAAAGAACAUCUGUCAGCAAGCAAAAGAUUUCCUCUGCGAGCUACACUUUGGUGGACUGGAAUAUCGGCCAGAAAUGGAAAACACAAGUUCAGAAGUCUUUAGAAAUCAAGCUGAGCAGAUAGUAGAUGUGAUAAAAGCAAGCUUUGUUAAUGAGUCAACCUAUUAUGGUUCUAGCGUUUUGGCACUAAAGAACGGCAGUGUGUUGGCUACUGUGGAGAACUUUUUCGAUUUAUCUUCUGGUGUAAAUGAGGAAGAAGUUAAAGAGAAAGUUACAAGCUAUAUAACAAACUGCACAACAUGUGGGAAUCUGUCCAAAGACUUUGACUACAAAGUUUUAGACUUGUGUCAAUCAAGUACAUCGAACCCCUGUGACGUGGAGACCACUAAAUGUAGAUCUGCUGAUGGGAUUAUAAAUUGUGACUGUUUGCGUGGAUACUUUAAGCACAUAGUUAAUGACAGAACGUGUAGAGCUUGCAAAGAUGGAUUCACUUAUAAUGGAAGCAGCUGUGUGAGGUGUCCUUUUGGAUAUAAUGGCUUUAACUGCAAAGACUCAUACCUUUUGGCGGUCGUGGUGAUUUCCUGUGUGCUAGGAGGUAUCCUUCUCCUCUCACUUAUUGCAUUUAUCGUCAUCUAUGCACGCAACAGAGGAAAUACAUCAUCAAAAUGUGAUUCUAUGUAUCCGGAAACAUUUUUAAUGUGGUCAAAGCCAGAAAUUCCCAAAAUUCCUAGAGUUAGUUCGACAAAACCUGAAAUGCCCAAAAUCCCUCGUGUUGGAAUGACCUGGGAACCAGGUCAGUCUGGGGUUCAGGAAAAUGGUAACAAGAGCUUUGCAACUGGCUGGCCAAAGGAUAAUGGAUUUUUGGCUGCCUCCAAUGCUGAUUCGACAGAUGAGCUUCUCUCCUUCAAAAGCAAAGAGCCAUCUAAAUACUCAUACUUGCGCAGUGGCCUGGACAACCCAUAUUUUGUCAGCGAUGAAUACAAAAAGGAUUAAAAUACAAAAUACUGAUUCACUGAAAUGCAGAAAUCUUCUACACUGGCUUCAUUGCAAACCUUGAUUCAUGUAGUGCAAAUCCUUGUUCUACAUGUGCACUCAAUCUAAAAUUUCCACUGGCGUUUAGCCAUUAAUUUCUCCAAAUGAAGACCAGCACGGAUGAGUGUUCAGGAGAUGGACGGGGCAUAGAAGCAUCCCUGUUAAUGAGCAUUUGCAAUCAUCAUAUCAAAGAGCUUUGCUUUUAAAAAAAAAAAUUGACUAAGGCAUAUUUUAAUCAAAGUAUCUCAGGAGUACCACUAAAAUUAUUAUGCAGUAAUAGACAAUUAAGCCUCGAGUCAGAAAGUGGAACUAACUACUGAAAGUGUGUUGUAAGACAUUGCUUGUCUCGGCAUUUUAAAAUGAUUUUGCAGUGCUCUUCCAUUGUUUUAUGUUCAAGCAUUAGCAUUUAUGAGUUUCCCCAUUAUCUGUGCAGCACACAUUUACUACAGGAUUAAUCCUGGUGUAAGAAACUGAUGGUGGACAAUUUAUAUGAUGAUGAUAAGGCAAUGUGUUCUGUUUGAGAGUUGCUGAAACAGUUAAGUUCUGGAUUUUCCUGAAAAGUGCCUCUUAUUUCUUUAAGAAUGCACUAUUCUAACUGGCUUUACUGAAUUGUUUUUUUUUUUUUUUUUUUUUUUGGCUAUUCAGGUAAAUAUUUCCUAUCAUAAUUAAAGAAUGUAUCUUAGUGCCAGGCAAACAGCACAUUGGGGUACAAGAUAGAAAGUGCAACAACCGACUAAAGCAAGAUUUUUUUUUGUAGGUACAGGUCAGCACCCCCCAUUCUUUGAGAUGAACUCUGUGGCAUCAGACUUGUAUUGAGUAAGUUGGGUAGUUGCUAACAUGAAUCUGUAUUUGGCUGCCAGGUGGCCACUGUCUCCACUUAAAGCCCGAUGCCCCAGCCAUGUAGUUUGCAUAUGUAUACUGGCCACUAGAUGUUAAAAUAUUCAGGUGGCGGUAAUGUUUCAGGUGGCACGUUUGCCAGUGUCAUUUAGUUUUACCUUACACUGUAUGGGAAGUAUAUGACCUGUGAUAAUUAUCAUUAGAUUAUAGUUGUCAUUGUAAAUGUCUUAGCCUUUUUUCACAGGAAUCUUUACUGCCGUACAGCAUAUCUCUGUUACUGACAUAUGGGAUGUAUCUGUCCUAAGUAUUCUUCAGUGUAAGGCCAGAGUAAAAUCAUAUAGUGUCACAUCUGUCGAACAGUGACCUAGAAGUAAGUGGCAAAUUCAGCAACUUGCUGUGGAAAGAGAAAAUAUUAAUUAGAAAGUUUUUUAUGUAUUUAAAAUUUUUACCCCCAUUGGUUGAUUUUUUCUGUCACCUCCUAGCUCCCAGAGUCGUGCUUUGACAUCUUUUAGGAUACACGGGUUUUAUUUCAUGCAAAUUGGGCACUUUUUCCUCCAUUUAGAAGCUACAGAGUGAACAUUCAUCCAUUACAAAAGAUUCUAAGCAAGUGUGUGGUGUAGGAGCUAUAUAGGUUCCAAGCAUUAUUGCUGUUGGGUAGUGUGGUUUAUUCUUUCUGUUUAAGACCAGGAGUAAAUAAAAAAAAUAGUAGUCAAGCUAGGGUACGUGCAGUGCACACUGAAAAUGUUCAUCUUACAUGUAGCCCGAGCUCCCAGACUUCUUAUUCUCUGUGUUAAAAACAAAACAAAAAACAAACAAAAAUAGCCCAGUGCAACUCAAAUGCUCCUGUUCAGAGGAGUCCGUUCCUAUCACAUAUAUUGCUAUGCCCUGUGCCAGCCAAACCCUCUUUUCCAAAGAUUGGUCUCUAGUCAUUGUGAUGGCAGACUAUUUUAAAAAUGAUUUUUUUCAAAAGUUGUAUUUCCAUUUUAAGAUUUUUGCUGAUUUUACUUUUGUAAAGUAUUUUAUUUUUUUUUAAUUAAACAAAUGCACAUCUGUAACUACUGAUUGAAUGACCCAAGUUUUGUUUCAGCAAUUUGUGAUAAGCAACCAAAUGGAUGCAUUGUACAUUUAUUGUAUUUAUUAUGUAAUGAAUCAUGCUGUUGAGAUGACAUAGAGUUUUAAAAGCAUAAGUUGUUGAAUUACUUUUCAUUGUAGAAUUGCUUCCCUCCACUGUAAGCCACUUACAUUACAAAGCUAGUUCUCUUUAUCACAGCCUUUGCUAUAUGACAACUGUUUUAUCUUCCUUUUGUUUAGAUAAAACCAAGGAGGCCAGAACACACUUCUUGAAUGAUAAAUUGAAUGAUUGCUUUCAUGUUUGAGAAUUGUUUUAUCCUUGUGAGAUUUUCUUUUUUAAAAAAAUAAAAAUGUAUUUUUGUUUUGUUGCUUUGGCAAGCAAAAUGCUGUUUUCUUCAGAUCUGUACUGGCAGGACCCAUGGAGCAUUCGCUUAACAAGUAACCACAUGCCAUAAAGUAUCUAUGAACAGGAAGAGUA